CUUGAAAUCAAACAUGAAUUUUAUAGCACGAUCGAGUUUAUUGCGCUUGUCGUUGAAGCCACGGGCAGCAUUUCAUACUCCAUUGGCAUGCAAGCCAGCACCCUCGGCACUUUCCUCGCUGAGAUUAGCUAAUGUACCCCGACGCCCGUAUAGCUCAGGUGUUAAGGAUACUAAGAAGCUCCAAGAGAGAGCUGCAGUUGGCCCUUUUACCUGGAAAGCGGCCGCUAUAUUUCUCGGAACAGGAGCUGGUUUGUUACUGUACUUUAGACAUGAAAAGGAAAGAGUAACUCAACUUCGUGAAACGCAAGAGAAGGAAACCGCAAAGUCUGUUGGAAAACCUAAAAUUGGUGGUCCUUUUACGCUGACUGAUUGCUCAACUGGCGAGAAAUUGAGCAAUACUGAUUUCCGUGACCGCUACUAUAUGGUGUACUUUGGAUUCACAAACUGCCCAGAUAUCUGUCCUGACGAACUUGACAAAAUGGCUGAUGUUAUCGAUAAUGUUGCAACGGAUCCCGUACUUGGUAAUAUACUGGUUCCGGUCUUCAUUACUUGUGAUCCCAGAAGAGAUACUCCAGAAAUUGUGAAGGAAUACAUCCAAGACUUCCAUCCUGAAAUGGUCGGGCUUACUGGUAGCCAGGAAGAAAUUAAACAGGUUGCCAAGAGCUUCCGUGUCUAUGUCUCUUCACCACCAGAUGUCAAGGAAGGCGAAGACUAUCUUGUGGACCAUUCCAUCUUCUUCUACUUGAUGGACCCUGAGGGCAAGUUUGUUGACUGUUACGCAAAGGACACUACUGCUGAUGAGGUCACAAGCAGCUUUAAAAACUAUGCACUUGAGUACAUGAAAAAGGGUGGAAAGGUUGUGCGAGCUCCUAGAAAGAAAGUACAGGAAACAUUGUAAGAACAGCAGCCAACGAAGUAUAUAACAACCAUAGAGACUGUAGCAUAAAACGUCAUUUUUCAAAAUAUACAAUUUAUUGAAUUUAAGUAGGAAGCAAUAAGGAAGA